UCUUCUUAUGUUUCCCCAUCUGAGCUCAGAGUAGAUGAGAGAUGUAAUGUUUGUCUCUGUUGUGUUGAAGCCCAAUCAAGCAGGAGAGACCAGCCUCCCCUGUACCCAGCUGUGUGUCCAUGAAGAGUGACUGGUCUAUGCAUCAUCCUAUAGUGUUUAGAGAGGGAGACUUUUCUACUGAACAAAGGUACAAGGACAAGAUAGCACGUCCGGUGAACAGGUCAGGGUUCCACAACCUCAGGCAGACCAGCGGAAACUGGACCAGCAGCAUGAAAAGCCCAAUCAAGCAGGAGAGACCAGCCUCCCCUGUACCCAGCUGUGUGUCCAUGAAGAGUGACAAGUCUAUGGAACCUCCUCUACACUUAGAGGGAGACUUUUCUACUGAACAAAGAAACCAACAGGAGAGAUCAGAGUCAGAGAUUCUCAGUGGUCAGUCUUCCCAGAGUCAUCAAACAGACCUGGCCUCCAUAUUCAGAUUGCUUGAAGAGAAAAUUAUGACAUUUGUGAAGAACGAGCUGAAGAUGUUCAAGAGGAUUCUUAGUCCAGAGCUCCCAGAAGGCUUUGAGAGUCAGAAGCAGGAUAAGGAAGUGGUGGAUGCUGAAGAUGAGAAGCAGGAGAGCAGUGCCAGAGAGGGGGCUCUGAAGAUCACACUGCACAUCCUGAGGAAAAUGAACCAGAAGGAUCUUGCUGACACACUGGAGAAAUAUUCAGAUGAUCCUGCUGUGAUUUGCCAACGUGAACUCAAAUCUAAUCUAAAGAAGAAGUUUCAAUGUGUAUUUGAGGGGAUUGCUAAACAAGGAAACCCAACACUUUUCAAUAAGAUCUACACAGAGCUCUACAUCACAGAGGGUGGAACAGGAGAGGUCAAUAAUGAACAUGAGCUGAGACAGAUUGAGACAACAACCAGGAAACAAGCAAGACCAGAGACUGCAAUCAAAUGUAACGACAUCUUCAAACCCUUAACUGGACAAGACAAACUUAUAAGAACUGUGCUGACAAAGGGAGUCGCUGGCAUUGGAAAAACAGUCUCUGUGCAGAAGUUCAUUCUGGACUGGGCUGAAGGAAAAGCAAAUCAGGAUGUCCAAUUUGUAUUUUCAUUCCCUUUCCGGGAGCUGAAUUUGAUGAAAGGGGACAAACACACUUUGAUUGAACUUAUCAAACACUUCUCAAUGGAAACCAAGCAUGCAAGAAUCUCAGACUACAACAAGUACAAAGUUCUGUUCAUCUUUGAUGGUCUGGAUGAGUGCCGACUGCCCCUAGACUUCCAGAAGAACAAGAUCUGUUGGGACGUCACAGAGUCAACCUCCGUGGAUGUUCUGCUGACAAAUCUCAUCAGGGGAAAUCUGCUUCCCUCUGCUCUCCUCUGGAUUACUACCCGACCUGCAGCAGCCAAUAAGAUCCCUUCAGGGUGUGUUGACCAGGUGACAGAGGUACGAGGGUUCAAUGACCCACAGAAGGAAGAGUACUUCAGGAAGAGACUCAGUGAUGAGGACCUGGCCAACAGAAUCAUCUCACACAUAAAGAAAUCAAGGAGCCUCCACAUCAUGUGCCACAUUCCAGUCUUCUGUUGGAUUUCUGCAACAGUCCUUGAACACAUGCUGAAACAUAAGAGAGAAGAGAUGCCCAAGACUCUGACUGAGAUGUACACACACCUUGUGGUGUUUCAUACCAAACAGAAGAAUGAAAAGUAUCUUGGGAAUGAAGAGACAGGUCCACACUGGAAUAAAGAGAGCAUUCUGUCACUGGGAAAACUGGCUUUUCAACAGCUUGUGAAAGGCAAUCUGAUUUUCUAUGAAAAAGACCUGAAAGAGGCUGGCAUUGAUGUCAAUGAAGCCUCAGAGUACUCAGGAUUGUGCACACAGCUCUUUAAAGUGGAAUGUGGGCUGUACCAGGACAAGGUGUACUGCUUUGUUCAUCUGAGCAUUCAGGAGUUUCUGGCUGCUGUAUAUGUGUUCCUCUCAUUCAUCAACAACAAUGAGAAUCUAAUGUACAAACUGCAAUCAACGUCCAGGAACUUUUCUGUGAGGAUCAAACAAAGGCGUAAAGUUUCUGUCUACAAGACUGCUGUGGAUAAAGCCUUACAAAGUGAGACGGGACACCUGGACCUUUUCCUCCGCUUCCUUCUGGGCCUCUCACUGGAGUCCAAUCAGAAGCACUUACGAGGUCUACUGACAAAGACAAGAAGCAGCUCACAGAGCCAUGAUGAAACAGUCAAGUACAUCAAGGAGAAGAUCGGGGAAAAUCCCUCUCCAGAGAGGUGCAUCAAUCUGUUCCACUGUCUGAAUGAACUGAAUGACCAUUCUCUAGUGGAGGAGAUCCAAAGCUACCUGAGAUCAGGAAGUCUCUCGAAACCCAAACUGUCACCUGCACAGUGGUCAGCUCUGGUCUUUGUGUUGCUGACUUCAGAAAAGGAGCUGGAUGUGUUUGACCUGAAGAAAUACUCCAGAUCAGAGGAAGGUCUUCUGAGGCUGCUGCCAGUGGUCAAAGCCUCCAGAGCUGCUUUGCUGUCAGGCUGUCGAGUCACAGAGGAAGGCUGUGCUUCUCUGGUCUCAGCUCUGAGGUCAAACCCCUCACACCUGAGAGAGCUGGACCUGAGCUACAAUGACCUGAAGGAUUCAGGAGUGAAGCUGCUCUCUGCUGGACUGGGGAAUCCCCACUGUAAACUGGAGACUCUGAGGCUGUCAGGCUGUCUAGUCACAGAGGAAGGCUGUGUUUCUCUAGUCUCAGCUCUGAGGUCAAACCCCUCACACCUGAGAGAGCUGGACCUGAGUAACAAUGACCUGAAGGAUUCAGGAGUGAAGCUGCUCUCUGCUGGACUGGGGAAUCCCCACUGUAAACUGGAGACUCUGAGGCUGUCAGGCUGUCUAGUCACAGAGGAAGGCUGUGCUUCUCUGGUCUCAGCUCUGAAGUCAAACCCCUCACACCUGAGAGAGCUGGACCUGAGUAACAAUGACCUGAAGGAUUCAGGAGUGAAGCUGCUCUCUGCUGGACUGGGGAAUCCCCACUGUAAACUGGAGACUCUGAGGCUGUCAGGCUGUCUAGUCACAGAGGAAGGCUGUGCUUCUCUGGUCUCAGCUCUGAGGUCAAACCCCUCACACCUGAGAGAGCUGGACCUGAGCUACAAUCACCCAGGAGACUCAGGAGUCAGACUGCUCUGUGCUGGACUGGAGGAUCCACACUGCAGACUAGAGAAACUCAAUGUGGAACAUGGUGGAGAGAACACAAUGAAACCUGGGCUUAGAAAAUAUGUCUGUGAUCUCACACUGGACCUAAACACAAUAAACAGACUCCUCUCUCUGUCUGAGGAGAACAGAAAGGUGACACGUAGGACAGAGGAGCAGCCGUAUCCUGAUCACCCAGAGAGAUUUGAGGGCUGUAGACAGGUGCUGUGUAGAGAGGGUCUGACUGGGCGCUGUUACUGGGAGGUAGAGUGGAGUGGGGGGGCUGAUAUAGGAGUGACAUAUAAAGGAAUCAGCAGGAGAGGAGAGGUUUAUGACUGUUGGCUUGGAAACAAUGGCAAGUCCUGGUGUCUGUUCAGCUCUGACAACAGUUACAUUGCCAGGCACAAUAAUAAUACCAUUACCAUAGACGUCCCCUCCUCCAGCUCCCACGGAGUAGGAGUGUAUCUGGACUGGCCAGCCGGCACUCUGUCCUUCUAUAGAGCCUCCUCUGACAUACUGACCCACCUGAUCACAUUCACCUCCACAUUCACUGAGCCCCUCUAUCCAGGGUUUGGGGUUUAUUAUGUUGACUCCUCAGUGUCACUGAAAUAAAAACCUGACAGACACACACACACACACUGGACAAACACACUGGACAGAAACACACUGACUCACACACACACACUGGAUACACACACAUAGCAUACUGGAAACACACACACUGACACACACAAUGGACACACACACAUACACACAGGACACACACACACACAAACACACACACACAUGCUGGACUCACACACACACUAUACUCACACACACACACUGGACACACACACAGUGACACACACUGACACACACAAACACACACACAAACACACACCGGACUCAUACUGUUAUGGGAUUUUUAUGAAUAAUGACUGAAUUAUGUAUACAUGUAACUUAGAAUUAUAACUAAACAGAAUACUACUAUGUUACUGUAUGGAUGUAUGAAUCUUAUUCUAAUCAUAGUGCUGAAUAUAAUGUGUGUAAUAUUAAUCAAGAAUUGGAACAAGGAAUGUCUGUUUCUUGUUAGAAAGAAUGGAGUUAUCAUCAGACAGGCUGGAAUGAUGUGUUCCUUACAGGACAUUCUGUCUCUACCCAGGGAGGGGAGAUACCUUGGGCUGGUCAUAGAUUGUUUAAGAGGUGGCAGAUAAUGUGAGGAGGCUGUGAACUGUAUUGCCAUUGUAUCCGAGAGGAGGAAGGACAUUUUAAAACCUAUGACGUCAUUUUUAUUAUAUAACCUGAUGUAAAUUGUACUAUGAUCAGUACUCUCGAGAAUAAACGCUAUUGAUUGAUUGAUUUUGA